AUGGCAAUAGUAAUCGACACACUUGCAGAAACAGCUAUUUCGAGUCUGUUGGGGGCUGUAACCAGUUUGAUGAAAGAAAAGAUGGACCUCAUCUUGAAUGCUAAAGACGAACUCAAGUAUCUCCAAAGGAAGCUGGAACACUUGCAGAAGGCCCUCAAAGAUGCAGAUUGCAAGCCCUUUUUUAGCAAUGAGCGCAACAGGGAUCUGGAGGGAAAGCUGAAGGACAUUGUUUAUGAUGCCCAGGACAUCAUCGAAGAAUACCAAACCAUAAUAGAUCUCAGCAAAAGGCAGAGGGGUUCUGUAUCUUCGUGGAACAAGGUAAGAAAACCAUGGAUCACUCUUUGCUCUUGCUUUAAGGAACAUGUAUCUGCUUCCUACCAACUUGGAAAUGAAAUUAAAAACAUCAAUCAAAGGCUUGAUGACAUAGAAAAAGAUAGUAAAAUGGUGGAUUUGCUCAACACAACACCGCAAGAGAGUAGGGGUGAGGGCUCUAUUGGUGGUAAACAUGACAAUCCUCGAGAGACAACCCAUCAUAUAGGUACUGCACAACCACUCAUAGGCAGGGCAGACGAUAAGGAGAAAGUGAAAGCACUCUUGUUUGAUGGCUCUAUGGAGAGUAGCGUGCUAGGAAAACAUGGUGUUUCUAUUGUAUCCAUUGUAGGCCAAGGCGGAGUAGGGAAAACUACUCUUGCAAAAAUGGUCUUUAAGGAAGUAGAAGAACAAUUUGGGAAACACAGGUGGUGGGUUUAUGUUUCAGAGAAGCCAAACCGUACAUGUUUGCUGCAAAAAAUACUAAAGGAAGUAUGCAAGAUGUCGGAAAGAGAAGUUGAGGGUAUUACUUCCUUGAGUGAGUUGUGCACACAAUUACAGAGUGAACUCUCAAACAGCAAGUUUUUUUUGGUCUUAGAUGAUGUAUGGGAAUUAGGUUGGUGGGAGGGAGAGGUAGAGAACACCUUGAGGGGAGGUGCAAAGGAGAGCAAAAUUUUGAUCACCAGUAGAAAGGUAGAAGUCUCUCAAGGGAUUGGUGCUAAAAUGCAUAAAUUGCCAGAAAUGACUUUCGAUGAAAGUUGGAGAUUGUUUCUGGAUGUGUCAUUGAAAGAAGAAAAUGAGUUGGUAAGUCGCAAUUUGAAAGGUAUUGGGCAGAGGAUAGUGGGCAAGUGUGGUGGUUUGCCGCUUGUUGUCCGGACCGUAGGGUCCUUAAUGCGUACAAAAACAAUGACGAAAGAUGACUGGAAAAGCGUUGAGAAAAGCGAGAUAUGGGAAUGGAAGAUGCCCGCCUCAUCGUCAUCCUCUGAAAUAUGUGGUCGCAUUCUUCCUGGUGGAAAUGAAUAUAGUCAUGCCUCUCCUACUGCACACACCCGCCAUUUGUCAAUAUUUGCUGUAGACAAUGUAGAAGCAACCAUGCGUAAUGCUUCAGCGGUAGCAAAUAAGUCACGGACAUUGUUGAGUGGAUCCUUGCCUAUGGUACAGUUCACCAAUUUCAAGUGGAUGAGGGUGUUGUCAUUGAUGAAAUGUCAUAUACAUGAACUACCAAACUCCAUUGAAAACCUGUCACUUCUAAAAUAUCUUGAUCUAAGCUUUUCUGGUGUGAGACAGUUGCCCAAUUCAAUCGGUAAACUCUGGAACCUGCAAACAUUGAAUUUAAACCAUAGUGAAAUUGAAGAGCUGCCCAAUGAAAUGGGAGAACUCUCCAACUUGAGGUAUCUUGGGCUUGAACAUACAACACGUUUGAAUUUUAUAGCCGAAGGCUUGGGGAAGCUUACCAAUUUACGGACCUUAAAAAGGUUUCUUGUAUGUGAUGACAAAGGGGACAUAAGAGGAUGCAAUAUUAGGGAACUGAAAGACUUGAAUAAACUAAAGGGACAUUUGUCAGUAGAAGGUUUGGACGGGGGAAGGGUGAAAGUAAUUGAUGCAAAGGACGCACAUCUUAAGGAGAAGCACGAGCUAACUGGUGUGGAAUUAGACUUCAAGGUGGGAAAAAAUGACGUAGUGGGCAGUGCUUCAGAACAGAAGUGUUUGCUGGAGGCUUUGGAACCUCCACAUGGCAUAGAGAGCUUGGCAAUUUGUGAUUAUAAAGGUGAAAGGCCUAUGUGGUAUUUGGACACCAACUAUGUGGAGCUGCAGACAUUACGGCUGCAAUGUUGCCCAUUGUGGGCAACAGUGAUAGGAAUUAAAUCACUGGAAAAGUUGGAGGUCAACACCUGCCCUACACUGUGCGAAUUGCCGAGCAUGCCCAUGCUAAAGUCCUUGAAAAUUCGGAGCUGUGAUGGACUCAACACAAUCGGUGACUUGCCCAACUUGGACUGGUUGCAGUGGUUGGAGGUGAGAUAUUGUGAGAGGUUAGAGCAAGUAGCUGAUGUUCGCAUGCCAGAUUUAAAGAGGCUGUGGUUGUCUAAUCUGAACACUCUGAAGCAGCUCCCUGCUCACCUUCCUUCACUCGAGGAUCUGAGAGCAUGGGAUUUGCUCAACUGGGAAGGAUGGCCAGCAGCUGGAUCAAAGGAAUUAGCAACAGAAACUUUUAUGCCAUGCUUAAGAGAGGUGGAAUUUCAGAACUGUCCAAAGAUGCAGACACAAGGCUUGAUUUAUGCUCUAUCCGAGCUGCCGGGGCAUGACGGUCAAGCGACUCGGCUUCGUGCCCUGACAGUAUUGAAUUGCCCAAAUGCAAGAUUGGAGUGGAAAUUGCUUCAGCACCUGCCCAACCUCAAUCUGAUGCUAUUGGAUGGGGCAGCUAUGGAAUCAACGCUGUCAUUGCCAUCAGAUCAGCUAUCAACAUUUCUACCCUCCCUCAAGGAUCUAACUUUGAUAGACUCGAGGGUUGAAGAGCUCAAAUGGGGAAGGGUGCCUGAAUGGGUGUGGGUUCUCUCCCAACUGGAGGAAUUGCACCUACAAGGUUUUACCGAGGACAUCAGUUUGGGAGGCCACUGGCAAUGCCUCCCGAAACUGAGACGAUUAUCUCUUAAAGGCUUCCUAAAUCUUAAGUCUCUAGUGGACGUCAAUGAUGUAACUCCCCAACAAAAUGAUGCAGCAGCAACAUUGCCUAUGGAUGCAAGGCAACAGAUUGCCUGCCUCUCGAAGCUUGAAGAUUUGACAAUUUACAGAUCAUGUCCUGCACUCCAUGUGCCGCAGCACUUAAAGGACUGCCUCGGGGAAAGGUUAGAGGAUAGGAGAUGA